ACUCCACUCCGGCAUGGCGGACAAGUCGACGUAUGUCACCCUUGCGGUGGCCGAGCUGGAGAACAACUCAACAUCAUCACUAGACCUCAACUACACGGUGCUGGGCGCCAAGGGCGGCAAGUCUGUGGCCGAGGCGCUCCGCGGCAACACGACGCUCACCUCGCUCGACCUCUGGAACAACAAGCUCGGGCCCGAGGGCGGCGGGGCGAUUGCAGCGUCGCUGAUGUCGAACACGACGCUCAAGGUGCUCAAUCUGCGGCGCAAUGAGCUUGGGGCGGAGGGCGCACUGGCCAUUGCGGCGUGCCUGGAGAACAACACGACGCUGACGGCGCUCAACCUCUGGAACAACUACCUCGGGCCUGAGGGCGGCAAGCACAUUGCGCGGACGCUCUCGGCCAACAACUCACUCACCACGCUGGACAUUUCCAAGAACAAGCUCGGCGCUGACGGCGGGCGUGCCGUGGCGGCCGCCCUCCACGACAACACCUGCCUCACCAAGCUCAACCUCUCUGUCAACUUUCUGGGCUUGGACGGCGCGGCGGCGGUUGCCGAGCUCCUGCGGCGCAACACCUCGCUGCGCACCCUCAAUCUGCGCAACAACAAACUGACCGACGAGGGCGGCGUCAUCCUGGCCAAAGCCAUGCGACGCAACCAGACGCUGCACGACCUCGAGCUCGCCCAGAACAACAUCGAGCCUGCCACCACCGAGCUCAUCGAGAACAUCCUUGAGACCAACCGCAAGCUCUCGCCGAUGACGCCGGCCCAGAUGGAGGCCGCAGGCGUGACGCCACCCGCGCCGCCGUCCGCGAGUGAGGACAGCUCGCCGCCGGCACCCGCUCCGGCCGCCAGCUCGCCGCCGGCACCCGCUCUGGCCGGCUCGCCGCCCUCGGGCUCGCUCCCGCUGCAGAUCCAGAAGCUGCAUCAGCUGCGCCAGCUGCAGCUCCCGCUCGUCGCCGGCCCGCACGGCCCAAGCGCCGCCCAGCGUGUUCUUUUCCCCGGCACACAGGCAGCCGCCCCCGUUGCCCGCAGCGCCGCGGCGCCCGGCGUCUCAGGUGCCGUCGCCGCCCAGGCUGCGCCGGCGUUGCAGCAGAUGUACUCGCUCACGCCGCAACAGGCCGCUCUCGCCCGCGAAAUCGCCCUCCAGCAGUCGCGCGGUGCCGCGCCCAUGCCCGCCUCCAGCUUUAACGCUGCCUUUGGCGGUGCCACCAUGGCCGUAGCCCCGUCUGGCCAGGCCCUCCACUGAGCGCGCCGCCCUGGCGCG